UUGGGGGGUCUCCAGCUCUGCCUGUGUCACAUGGAAGCACGGUAGCUGAGCCGAGGGGAUGCGAGUAGAGAUGGAGGGGGCUUGAGGGACCGUGGAGGAGAGAACCUGGCUCUUGGAGAUAGAACUGGAGAUACAGGCGGAGAAAGACAGGCUUGCUUUUUUUUUUUUCUUUCUUUUUUUUUUUUUUUAUACACUUCCCAGCCUCCCUUCUGGCUGGGGAGUAGAGGAGCGCGUACAGGGCGCAUGAGAAGGGUCAGCGGGCGCCGAUAAAGGAUGCCACAUGCAAUAUGCUGCAUUCGUGUUUUCUGAAGCCUGAGGAAGCUAAGUUAUCGCCUGUGAUCGAUUAUGCUGGAGGGGAGCACCUGGUCCGAAUGGAAACUGCAGGAAGCGACCAGGGUUGAUGCUGCGCCUCCCAAAAUCUGUGAGCUGAAUCCCAGUGAGACCGUGGCACUUCCCUGCUUGCAUGUGUGUAACGGUGUGAGUGUGAGUGUGUGAGAGCAAGUGAGCGCCAGCGCUCCCACAUGGCCUCCAUGCAGGACGGGCUGAACUUCACGGCUCCUCCCUACGGCAAGGUCCUGCUGCUGGGUGCUAUCGCUGCUGCCUCAGCCUUUGUUGUUACGAUCCUCAUUGUGGUGCUCUGUGUGGGCUGCCAGAGGAAGGGGAAGACACACAAUGUCCCUGGUGAGAGUGGAAAACACCGUCUCAUGGACAUGGGUAUACUCAGGCAGUCCAAGCUGCGGUCCAUCAGUAAAUCAGACACAGAGAUGAACAAGAUGAACUGCAAUGGCAAAAGCAGGCAGCUUCCCCAGAUCCCCUCUGGGACUGGAGAGGACGGCGAGCACACUUAUUCUGAAGUGGGCCGGCGCUCCUCCACCUCACGUACUGACGAUGCCCUCUACGCCAUGGUAGGCAGGGCUGGGCAGACGGACACUCCAGCCCCUCCGGCUGUACCUGCCAACACUCCGGCGCCUCCGGAUCCAGAUGGGGACGUGGAAGGGGGACUGCCCGAACCCGAAGCCCAGGUCAUGUCUCCACCACACCCUCCAGAGACGGCAGAGUACGCCUGCGUCAGGAAGCUGAGGAAGGCCGACAAGGCGCCGCAAAAGAGAGACAGCGGGACGGAUAUGGGGGAGCCGCCGGCGCCGCCUCCACGACAUGCCCCGCCGUCACAUCCUGCCCCUCCUCCGCCACACCCUCACAGCACCAAGUUGCCCCGUAGAAACGUUGACACCUUUAACGUCCCAUCUUUCCCAAAGGAAGUGAUGUUUAUGGGCAAUGGUGAGCAGUACAUCUGGAAGCCUCCAGAGGAAGACGAUAUCAUUAUGCUCCAAAAUAAGGGUCUGGGCCAGUUGGGCGCUCACACAAUGGAGAAUAUACAGCCGUCUGCUGCUGCGGUGGCUGAGAUGUACUCUAAAGUGUGCAAACCGGGAAAGAAGAAGAGAGCUGUUCCGGGGUCUCCUCCAGCUAAUCCUGGCUUCCGGACCUUGGGGCGUGGUGACCGGGACCGAGACCGGGAUGGGGGUUUUAGUGUAGUGGUCAAACCCCAGACAUGGGCCCCUCAGGAGGGCAAAGCGGUCGGAGGGCCCCUUGACGAUCACUGCUAUGAGUCUAUUGGGACCGAGGAGUACGAUCCAGCCUAUGAGAACAUGGAAGGUGCAGGUGGCUGGAAGCGAGAGAGGCCUCCCAACACGUGUGCCACCCUGCGGCCAAGGAGGAAGAAGGGCCAGCAGCCCUUACAGCAGCAGCAGCCCCCUCCGCCGCCGCCCACACAGCAGACCCCCAAGUUACAGCACCUGCCUGCCAAAGCCCUGCUGCUGCCGGGGGAGAACCUGUACGAGAGCAUCGGUGACCUGAAGCAGGGCUCCGCCACCUCCAGCACCACCACCAUCUUCACAUUCAACGAUGGCAUGGAGAUGUAUGUAACAGGGCUCUGAGGCGGCGGCUGCACUGUGACCCCCUUUCCUUCCAACAAGGAGCUGAGCUAACACCACAAAGAGUGACGGCUGAGCCCCUGUCAUGCUCACCCACACAUACUGUUUACAUUCAAGUCAUAACGUCAUGCCUUCGACAGGCUCCAGAGGCCUUGGGGCAAAAAUGUUGAUCUGUUAUGACCUGGGCUGAAUACUAUAGUCCAAACUAUAAACCUUACAUGGAAUCCAAAGGUAAUGAAUAAUAAAUGAGCACAAGAACAUUGCAGAGAAAUCUGUAGGUAACAGUAGCACUUCUGUUUUACGGAAAAUGUGUGCAAAGCACAACGAAGUAAAAAGCCUAAAUUCUUUCUCAAUUCUAGCGGGUAAAAUAGUCGUUUAUCUGGUCCUAGAGGGCCCCCUGUUUGGGGAAACGGCUCAUCAUUGUGUGAAUCUUUCGGUAGCACUUAGUCUGUCGUGAACAGGCCUUCCCUGUAGUCGGUCAAGAUGUGAUUCAGGAUGGAAUUUAACUAUUAUCAAGGAAUGAAUUACUAAUCAAAAUACUUGAAAGCUCAGGGACCAAGAGAAACAAUUAUGAGAGUAUUCUAACAAAACUGCACACAUUUUGCAUUCCUCCUAAAAGCUUCGACUAAUUUAGACCAUUUUCACAUUGACAAACCGAUCAGAUACUUCCCUCUGUCAUGUUUUGUUUCAUCUACAUGGACUGAACACUGUCUCCACUGCCGUCUGUAAAUGAAGUGUUUUACUUUGUUGAUCCUGUUUCUGCACUUUGCCUGCUACAAGUUGCAUGCUAAAAAAGCGAAAAACAAACAAAAAAUCAAGCACUGUCAUGUGGUACCUAUAUGAAUGUCUUUUUUUUUCUAUUGUUGUUGGUUGUUUUUUUUGUUUUGUUUUGUUUUUUUAGUGUGUUGCUUUAUUUCUCUGUAGAGCACAAUUCCAGUUAGAGUAAGGAUGUUUGUAGCUCAGUGGGACUCUGUGAUGCAGAUAGGAGUGUUGCUUUUCUCUCCUCCUGUGCCGGCAAACUCACUCAGUACAGAUGAAACAAGACUAAAGAGAACUGCUCGAGUCCUAAAGAUGGAGACAGUCCACUCAAACCGCCCGCCCCUCCUUCUCUCUGCUCAGUCUUCACUCAUGUCUGUGGACCGUUCAUUGACAUAGUCCCUGCCUUGUGGUCAUUUGAAUCUGCUUGGGUUUCACCAUAGUGCAGCUUGGAAAGCUACAGUAGAACUGAUGUGUAUUAGCAAAUGUCAUGUCCCAUCAUCACUCCAUCGAUGAACACUCUCCUCUCUCUAUUAUCAGUGUUAAAAUAUAGCAGCGUUGCAGAAAUGACAAAAAUGUGAAGCAAUGUUUUGCUAAGCAGCAGAGCAUCACCCUGAGGAUAACACACACAAAAUUACAUUUAAUCCUGGACAGUAAUGAUGAAAUCGUUUGACCAAAUAUCCCCAGCAAACAAUGUGAUUAUACUGUAUGUUGAUGCAAUGUGUAUGUAAAUUACAAAAGAGAAAGAAUAAAUAUAUCAUCAGUGUCAAGAAAUCUAUCUUUUUCUAUUAUGUUUAAUUGUGUUUUGGAAUGACUUAUCUUGUGACACAAACUGCAAAACAGCUGCAAUGUAAAUUUCAGUGUAUUCUGUUUGUUGUUUUUUGAAGCCAUGAAGCUACGGUGUGUUCUUGGAAAGCCCAGCUAAGUUAAAUGUGGCAGCUAAUGUUGUGUGUUUGCUAUUCAGACUACAGGGUCUUGUACUCGAAGCGUGUAAUUAAGUGCUAAGUGCAAAAGAUUGUAAUGUUUUAUAUCAAGAUUACUAUUCAUGAAAUGUCAGUCAAGUUUAUACUUUUGUAAUAAAGUGGCACUUUAAAAAAACAUGCUUUAUCUCAUAGUCUCAGUUAUUAAGAUGGAAGGAGAGCAGGAUUUUCCUUGAAAUUUGCUGAGUGACGUUGGUGACGACUUCCUCUCAGGUCUUAAAAUCACUAAGAGCUUUUGUGAACAGUUCACUCUGUCAUCUGCUGCAGGAGAAUAAAGGGCUAUUUUUAAUUUAAACCUGUGCUUCUGAUCUGAAAAGCUGCCUGUAGGUUCAUGUCUUCAGUCUUGUCAAAGGGGAAGAAAAAUAUUUUUACACUUCUAUUUCUAGGGACAAAGACAACAUUUGUAGAACAUUAACAUAUUUGCACCUAUUACUUGAUGUUUGACGCUGCUCUGUUUUCUUUUGUCCCCUGAUUCUUUUGUGUACAAGCUUACAACCUCAUUGCACAUGGAAUAUAUAUGUGUGUGUGUGUGUGUGUGUGUGAGUAGCCUCCCCAUGUUUUUUUUAUCUGUGUGAACGUCUGUGUGCACGUGCACAUGUGCCAGAGUAGUGGGGUCUGUGUCUGAGUAGCUGUGGAGGGGAGAAAAAAAAAAUAGGUCACCCCUUAAAACAAAAAGCUUGCAGUCAACAUCGCAAGCGUCUGCUGAAUUUUCAUUGGUGGGCUUGUCUCCAUGGUAACAGGUUAACCUUGAGGCAGUAGUCACAUGGGCAAGCGAGUCUUCUGCUGUCUUGGAGAAUACAGCGUGCGUCGUAUGACAUCCGUGAUCACAGUGUCACCCGCUUGGUGAAGAGCGAUUGCACACACAAAAACAGCCCAAACCAGCAUGUAGGAGCAGGAUGUAGGUGUGAAGAUGAUACAACGUUCACAGCUUAUGUGAUGUGUUAAUCACACAGUGUGGAACAUGAAUGACUGAAUAAAUACAUGAAUGAUACACAGUCAGCGUUCAACGACAGGCUGUGACAGUGAAAAGACACAGCAUCAGAGGGGGAGAGGAGAUAACACUGAGCAUAAGGUCACAAACCGGCUGGGGAAUCACAUUAUUACCAACCAGCGGCUCAUAACAGGGAUCACGAGGCACAUUUGGAAUAAACACUGUGAACAAAACAGGGAGGGCAAACUGGGAGGCUUCAGGUUUUUACUGCUCAUCUUAGAACCCUGAAAUCACAUUGUAAUGAGUAUUUCACAUCUUAAUAACUAAGUAUUCAAACACUGAAUUCUGAGUUCCACAGGAUUAUUUACAUCCUUGCACAACUGCUGUUCUUCAUGUUAAAUCUCAUAUGGAUUUACUUUUAUAAGUGAAGUAUUUAAGGUGAGUCUGUAUGGAUUCUUCUGGACUAUAAAGAGACUGGUUUCUCAGAGGGACACACUAUAAAUCAAUGAGACAGAAGCUAAAUGUGAGCUAUACUGACCCCUUCAGGCUUUUAGGAGCAUCACACAGGGGGAGUUGAACUGAGCUGAGCUGAGUUGAGCGGCCUGUGUCUGAACCCUGAGAAUCAGAGGAGCGUGGAAAUAUUCAGAAAUGAGCGUGUGACCAUCCGUGACCUCGCAGGGAUGGUCUGAUUCACACCGUGCCGAUCCAUCUGGACACACAUGGAGCUACAGUCAAUUUCCAGCAGAAGUAGAAAAAGGCAGUGAGAACUGAAACUGAAUCUGAAAGAAGAUUUUUUUUACACCCUGAAUUUGAGAUUUCUGAUGUAACUUCUAGCAUUUUACUCCUGUACUAGUACGUUCAGUUGUAAGACUUAGACUUGUGAAAAAAAUGUGUGUUUAAAUAUAAAAUUCAGUGAAGUUUACAUAAUAUUUGUGUAUAUUACAUGUAAAAAAAA